AUGAACAUUAUCGAUAAACUUCUCAAUAAUUGUGAUGUUUUCAUUUAUCAACUCAAAACACAACCAAAUGAUUACACAAAUAUUCAAAAUAAUUUUUUACAAAUAAUCGGAUGUCUUUCAAACAUUUUAUCAGAUGACAAUAGUAUUUGGUUAAACGAUGAGCAUUUUAUAUUACGAGUAGAAAACACGUUGAUAAAAUUAGAUACAAUAGUUAAUAUUGGUUCAAUAUUGUUUUCAUCAAAAGAUCAAGAAACACAAAUCGUCAACUCUUUGCUGAACACUUGUGUAACAUUUAUAAAAAAAUUGAGAAAGAUAAUUGAAAAUUAUCAAUGUCAAAUUCCAAAUAAAUCAUUGUUAACAAAACAUUUUCUCAAUGAAAGUAUCGUCCUUCUAAAAGAUAUACAAAAACUUAGUGAUAAAUAUAUAUUCGAUAUCAAUAUCGCUCAACAAGUGGUUAAAAAUUUUAUCCUUCUAACUAAUUAUUACUUAAUUGUAUUUGAGCAAAUAUUGAAUAAUCAAGAAUGCAAUUUGUUACUAACAAAUAUUUUAGAAGUUGCUCUAUUAGUAUUCCAAUAUUUUUACACAUUAUUUCAAAAUUCAAACAGUACAAUAGCAAAACAAUUAUUGAUAAAUAUCGAUCAACUUAUGAAUAAUAUUAAAAAUUUCAUGAAAAAUUGUCAUAUAGAGUUAAAACAGAGAAGUAAAAAAUGUAAUGUUUCAGGUGAUAUUACUACUAGUAAUUGUAAAUCGGUUCCAGUUGAUCUGUUGUAUAUAAUAAUUCAAGAACUCUGUAAAUCAAUGAAAUUAUUGAUAUUUUAUGAAAAUGUUAAAGGAAGAAGAAGAAGUUUAAUUGAAAAACAUCUUGUACAGUUAUUUACAAUUUUUUUGACAAUGAUAUCAUCAUCAAAUUCAAAAUAUAUCUGUUUAUCACAAAAAAUAUUGUAUGUUAAAUUAUGUCAACGAUUAUUAACGUGUACAAUUAAAAUAAAUCGAAAUACGCAUCAGGCUAUGAAUUCGAUGAGAAAUGAAGAAACUAUUCUAGUCUAUUCAGAUAGUGAAAUAUUUGAUUUGUUAUUGUUUAUUCAACAAACAUUGACUCAUUUACAUUAUAUUGUCCUAUCACUUUUUUCAAUGGAAGAUAAUCGUUUGAUAUUAAUGUUAAAUUUAUAUUCAAAACGUCUCAUAUUUGUUCAACAAACAAUUCAGAAUUGUUUAAAUCAAUUUUCUUAUCAUCGUCAACAAACAAGUAUUACACUGAAUAAUACAUUAUCAUAUGAGACUGAUACACAAACGAAACUAACUGGUAAACUUUUUUAUGUUAUUACUUAUUAA